CGUCUCCCUUGGGUCUUCUUCUCUUACCUUCUUCGGAUUUGUUUCGAAAUCAAUUCUUCUAAUCGUUUUCUGCAGAUCUUAGAUUCACAUUCCACAAAAUUUUCUUCCCAACUUUCGAUUCUCGUCGAGCUUAGGGUCGGUUUCCACCUCCGUUUCCUUCUUACGAGUAUUGAUGUGAAUAUUUCGACUUUAAUCAUCUACAUAUGUGAAUUUUUAGGGUUACUAAAUCGAUACCUUUUUCUCCAUUCGGAUUUCAGAAGAACAAAAAAAAUCCCUAAAUCACCAGACAGUUUCUUCUCCGAUUUGGAUUGUGACAAUCUAACGUGUUUUACGGAUCGGAUUCGCAUUAGAAGUGUACCCCAAGCUUGGAGUAAGAAUUGUUUCAUAGCUUUAUCAGUUUCAGAGAUAAUCUCAGUCACAGUACAAUGGGAAGUUGAGAAAUUUUUACAAUGGGAGAAGGAACAGUUUGUUUGGAGAUGUCAAUGAAAGGAGAAAUGGCGGAAGAGAAUUCAGAAACGAAGAAGGAUUUGAAGAGAGACCGUCUUUGUAUUGAACAAGAUAAUCUAGAUGAAGAGCUUUAUUCCUCCACCAAGAGACAAGCCAAGGAACCUUCAAAUGAUGACAUUAGGUCGGAAAUAUCUAACCCUGUCGCGUCUCCGGUGGUGGAUAACGCCUCUAGUUUUCGCGAUAUCACUAGUAAUCCGGCUAAAUCGAGUUCUGGUGAUCGUGUUGGGUCUUGUUCUGGCAGUGGUUCUGGUUCCUAUGAGGCUAUUAGUGAUGAGAAACACAGUGAAUAUUGUGCAUCGCUAGCUGAUAGCUCGCAAUCGAGUGAUGCUGUACUGUCAAGUUUUGUACGGGAGAUUCCAAAACAUCUUAGCACUACUGGGAUAACGAAAAUCACGUUUAAGCUCAGUAAACGAAAUGAGGAUGUCUGUGAUUUGCCUAUGAUUCAAGAGCAUACUUGGGAGGGUUCUCCUUCGAAUGUAGCUUCUUCAACUUUAGGUGUGAAAAUGUUGGAGAAGAUUGACUCUACCAACUUCCCAUCUAAUGUGAAGAAGCUAUUGGCGACGGGGAUCCUCAAUGGUGCUCGGGUGAAGUACCUUUCAACCUCACCUGCGAGAGAGCUUCAAGGGAUAAUCCACUCGGGUGGGUAUUUGUGUGGCUGUACUGCCUGCGAUUUCUCGAAAGUUCUAGGUGCCUAUGAGUUCGAGCGGCAUGCUGGUGGAAAAACAAAACACCCUAAUAAUCACAUAUAUCUGGAGAACGGACGGGCUGUUUAUAACAUAAUUCAAGAGCUGAGGGUUGCUCCCCCUGACAUUUUGGAGGAGGUGAUAAGGAAAGUGGCUGGUUCUGCUCUGAGCGAGGAGGGUUUUCAGGCUUGGAAAGAAAGUUUCCAGCAAGAUAAUAACAUGGCUGAAGAUGAUAGCAACCAUAUCAUGGAUCAUUCGUUUCAAUUCCUUGUUAGUUAUCCUGGUUCUGGUUGGUCUCUUGAUGAGAGUCAAAGCUCUACUCCAUAUUUUCCGGAGAACAAUUAUUUUAGAGAGAAAAUCAGUACAAAGGACACACGACACGAACAUAAGCCAAAAGCAAAGAAGCUUACCUCUCAUAUGUUUGGUAUGGGUUGCCAUAAGAAAGCUUCCGGAGGCGGUAAAUGGAAGAGGGACAAUGAUUUACACCGGUUGCUGUUUUUGCCAAAUGGGCUACCAGAUGGGACUGAAUUGGCUUACAUUGUGAAAUCACAGAAACUACUGCAGGGUUACAAGCAAGGAAGUGGUAUAGUAUGUAGCUGCUGUGACACAGAGAUUAGUCCUUCACAAUUCGAAGCACAUGCUGGAAUGGCUGGUAGACGACAACCUUAUCGUCAUAUCCACAUAUCUUCCGGAUUGUCAUUGCAUGAUAUAGCCAUGUCAUUGGCGGAUGGGGGCCAUGUCAUUACAACUGGUGACAGUGAUGACAUGUGUUCUAUUUGUGGCGAUGGUGGAGAUUUGCUACUCUGUGCUGGAUGUCCUCAAGCAUUUCAUACAGCAUGCUUGAAAUUUCAAUCAAUGCCUGAAGGUACUUGGUACUGUUCAAGCUGCAAUGAUGGACCUACCUCUUGUAAAACAGCCACUGCUACUGAUCCCAAUUUAAAACCCAUAGUUAUAAGACUGACAAGAGUUGUUAAAGCACCAGAAAGCGAAAUUGGUGGUUGCGUGUUCUGCAGGUCGCAUGAUUUUAGCAUUGGGAAAUUUGAUGAUAGGACUGUUAUUCUCUGUGACCAGUGUGAGAAAGAGUACCACGUCGGGUGUCUAAGGGAAAAUGAUCUUUGUGAUUUGAAAGGUAUCCCCCAAGGUAAAUGGUUCUGCUGUAGUGACUGCAGCAGGAUUCACACGGCUCUUCAAAGCUCUGCUUCGUGUGGGCCACAAACUAUUCCCACGGUUUUGUUAGACACGAUAAGCAGAAAAUACAGAGAAAAAGGAAUAUAUAUUGACAAUGGAGAUACUGUGGAAUGGAGGAUGCUUAGUGGAAAAAGUCGAUACCCAGAGCAUCUACCCUUACUUUCACGAGCAGCUACUAUUUUCAGGGAGUGUUUUGAUCCCAUUGUGGCAAAGUCUGGUCGUGAUCUCAUUCCUGUCAUGGUCUAUGGGAGAAAUAUAUCAGGUCAGGAGUUUGGAGGAAUGUACUGCUUGGUCCUGAUGGUUAAUUCCCUUGUUGUUUCUGCCGCGCUGCUUAGGAUAUUUGGUCAGAAGGUUGCAGAACUUCCUAUUGUAGCUACAAGCCGAGAGUAUCAGGGAAGGGGAUACUUUCAAGGGCUGUUUGCUUGCGUUGAGAAUCUUCUUUCCUCUCUGAAUGUUGAGAACUUGCUUCUCCCAGCAGCUGAAGAAGCUGAGUCUAUCUGGACAAAAAAAUUUGGCUUCACAAAGAUGACUGAACAUCGAUUACAGAAGUACCAGAGAGCAGUGCAACUUACAAUAUUCAAAGGAACAUCGAUGCUCGAGAAGAAAGUACCGAGUUUUUCAGAAUCAACUUCACUCAUCUGAUUUCAUCUUUCAUGGAAGAUUUUUUGAAGCUUCAUCCGGAUUUUAGGACUUGUGAUCUUUCCUUUUUUUUUGCUUUCUCGCUCCUUUAGAAACCCACUCUUUGUUUUCUUUUUGCAGAAGGGUAAUUUCUUGUGUACCUCUGUUAUUUUUUGUACAAGCUCUUAACAAAGAGAAUAUUAGAAU